AUGAAUUUGCCAGACCAAGGAGUUGAGAAUGCAAAAGAAGCAAGGCGAAAUAGAUUGUUCAAGAUAGCUGGAAAAAAAAGAAAGCUCCAUUAUUCUAUCCACAAAGAGAACUCUGACGUGGGACAUCCCAUGCUUCAACAACAACAUAUUGCUACAAAGCAUAUACCUCAGCAUUGUGCACAGCAAGAAUCAGAGCAUAGAACACCUUUGAAAGAGUUGCAUCUACCCUUAUUACAAGCUUACUGGGAUAUCGGUGAUCCUCAAUUUCCAUGCCAACACUGUGGAGCUAUAUUCUGGUAUGAUGAGCGCAUAGAAAAGCAUUAUAAUGCCAAAUCUCCUAAAUUCGCACUAUGUUGCCGGCGAGGUCAGGUUCAACUUCCUAUGAUGCAAGCACCGCCUGAAUCUUUGAGGAAACUUUACUUUGACACCAAUGAAAAAUCCGAUCACUUUCGAUUGAAUAUUAGGAGCUACAACAGUAUGUUUGCUUUUACAUCAUUAGGUGGUAAGGUACAGAGGUCGAUUAAUCAAAGUCGUGGGCCCCCAACCUUCAUCUUGCAUGGACAAAACUAUCAUUUAAUGGGAAGUUUGCUUCCAUCAAAUGGAGGAAUAGCGAAAUUUGCACAACUAUAUAUAUAUGAUACUCAAAACGAGAUACAAAAUCGAAUCGCUGCUGUGAGCUCAAGGGAUAAAUUGAACAACCUCCAUGCGGAUAUUGUCUCGACCAUCAAAAUUAUGCUUGAUCAUCAUAAUGUGCUUGCAAAAUCAUUUCGGCUUGCUCGGGAUGCACUUGCUGCUGAAGCUACUGAAUCAAUUCGGCUACGUCUUAUAGGGAAGAGAGGAAAGGAUGGACGCAGAUAUAAUUUGCCUUCAGUUUCUGAAGUUGUUGCCUUAGUUGUUGGUGAUUUUGAUGGAUCUACAACAGAGCGAGAUAUUAUUGUUGAAAAUAAAUCAGGGUCACUUCAAAGAAUAACUGAGCUACACCCCUCCUAUCUAGGCUUACAGUAUCUACUGUUAUUCCCUUAUGGUGAAGAUGGGUGGAGAGAAGAUAUUCCAUUGAACAAAAUUAAAAAAGGAGAAACAGAUAAAGACAAAUAUGUCACAAUGCGAGACUUUUUCGCAUUUCGAAUCCAAGAUCGGCCUUCACACAAUGGUGUCCUCUUAUAUUCCCAUCGAUUAUUCCAACAAUUCUUAGUUGAUGCAUUCUCAAUGGUUGAAAGCGCCAGAUUGAAAUAUGUUUACACCCACCAAAGCGACUUUAGAGCUGAGUUAUACAAUGGCCUUCGAGAUGCCGUUUUCAGUGGCGAGACAAAUGCAGCCUCAAAAGGAAAGAGAAUUAUACUCCCGGCAACAUUUACUGGUGGUGCAAGAUACAUGACACAAAAUUAUCAAGACGCAAUGGCAAUAUGUAGAUGCGUCGGUUAUCCAGAUUUGUUCAUCACUUUUACUUGCAAUCCGCAAUGGGAUGAAAUACAACGAUAUUGUGCAAAGCACAAGCUCAAACCAGAAGACAGGCCAGACAUCAUUUGCAGACUCUUCAAAGUUAAAGUAGACAAUAUGAUUAAGGAUCUUAGAUACAACAAAUUAUUUGGUUCUACCAAAGCAGUUAUUUAUACAAUAGAGUUCCAAAAGAGAGGACUUCCACACGCACAUAUACUAUUGUUCUUACAUGAGCAAGAUAAGUAUCCAAACCCUACGGAUAUAGACAAAAUUAUCUGUGCUGAGAUUCCUGAUCAUGAUGUUGAUAAUGCAUACUACGAAGCUGUCAAGAGUUUUAUGCUGCAUGGUCCAUGUGGUCUUAGCAAGCCAACUUCCCCUUGCAUGGAAGAAGGACGUUGUAUGCGUCAUUUCCCUAAGAAGUUCAACGAAGUUACUACAGUUGACGAAGAUGGUUACCCAGUUUAUAGGCGUCGAAAUAAUGGACGCACAGUGGAAGUGUCUGGAAUUCAUCUUGACAAUAGAUAUGUUGUGCCACAUAAUAGAUUGUUGUUACUAAAAUAUCGUGCUCACAUUAAUGUGGAAUGGUGUAACCAAUCAAGAUCUAUCAAGUAUUUGUUCAAAUAUGUAAACAAAGGGAGUGAUCGGGUCACAGCCUCUUUUUACAGAAACUCCACAAGUGACAAUUCAAGUACAAAAGUUGAUGAAGUGAAAAUGUUUUAUGAUUGUCGAUACAUAUCUCCUUAUGAAGUUGCCUGGAGGAUAUUUUCCUAUGACAUUCACUAUAGAAAUCCAUCUGUUGAGAGGCUGAGUUUUCAUUUACCAGAUCAACAACCUGUUGUAUUUACAGAUAAUGAAUCAUUAGUUGAAGCUCUUGCAAAGGCCACUGUAAAAGAGUCCAUGUUUCUAGCUUGGUUUGCAGCUAACGAAAAAUAUGCGGAAGCUAGACAACUAACAUACACUGAGUUUCCAACAAAGUUUGUUUGGAAACCUUCACCUCGAGCUUGGGAACCUAGGAAAAGUCAUCAAGUCAUUGGAAGGAUGAUUUUCGUUCCACCAUCAUCUGGUGAGCUAUAUUACUUAAGGAUGUUGUUAAAUAUUGUAAAGGGACCAACAAGCUAUGUAGAUAUUCGAACAUACAAUGGUGUUAUCUAUUCAUCAUUUCGAGAUGCAUGCUAUGCACGUGGGCUACUUGAUGACGACAAAGAAUAUAUUGAUGCCAUUAAGGAAGCAAGUCAUUGGGGCUCAGGUCAUUAUUUGCGAAAAUUGUUUGCGACUCUAUUGUGGUCUAACUCAAUGGUGCGACCUGAAGCUGUAUGGGAAGAAACUGCCAUCUUAUUAUGUGAUGGGAUUUUGCAUAAUCACAGAGCCAUGUUUGGCCGAUCUGAUUUGGUUUUCAGCGAUGAAGAAUUAAAGGACCUAACUUUGAUUGAGAUUGAACAAAUAUUGAACAGUAACGGCAAAAGCUUGCGGGAUUAUCCGACAAUGCCAUUUCCAUCAGGGGAUACUGACCAUCUUAGAACACGAAACAAGAUGAUCUUUGAUGAGUUAAAUUAUGAUCGUGUUGAAUUACAAAGGCAAUACAUUCAAUGCCUGUCCAAAUUAACUACAGAGCAAAGGAGAGUAUAUGAUAAGAUCAUAAGCGCUGCAGAAAGUCAACAUGGACGUAUGUUUUUUUUGUAUGGCCAUGGAGGUACAGGAAAGACUUUCCUUUGGAAAACUUUAGCUUCAGCAUUGAGAUCAAAGGGACAGAUAGUAUUAACUGUUGCCUCUAGCGGUAUUGCUUCUCUAUUGUUACCUGGAGGUCGGACUGCACAUUCUAGAUUUGCCAUACCAUUAACCCCAGAUGAAUUCUCUACUUGCAAUAUCAAGCAGGGAAGCCCAUUGGCAGAGUUAAUUGUAAGAGCAAAGCUAAUAAUCUGGGAUGAAGCUCCUAUGAUGAGCAAAUUUUAUUUCGAAGCACUUGAUAAGACAAUGAAAGAUUUGAUGAGGUUCAAACAUGAUGAAAGCCCAGAAAUGCCAUUCGGAGGGAAAACAAUAGUCUUUGGUGGAGAUUUUAGGCAAAUCUUGCCAGUGAUUCCAAAGGGAACAAGACAAGACAUCGUCAAUGCGUCUUUGAAUUCAUCAUAUCUAUGGCAGCAUUGUGAAAUAUUAAAGCUAACCAUCAACAUGCGGCUGCAAUCCAUGGCUGCAGAUAGUGGCAAACAAGAUUUGCAGCAAUUUGCCGAAUGGAUUCUUCAGGUCGGCAAUGGAAUAUUAGAAGGAAUGAGUGACGAGUCCAAUUUGAUUAGCAUACCUCCUGAAUUCCUUAUCACCUAUUAUAAUGAUCCAAUUGAAGCAAUUGUUGAAGCAAUCUAUUCUGAUUACAUUGCUGACAUGGAUAACGAAGGCCACUUGAAAGGUCGAGCUAUUUUGGCUCCUACAAUUAAUGCGGUAGAUGAGGUGAAUGAUUACAUGACCGAACUGAACAACAAUGCAUGCAAGACUUAUGUUAGUUCCAAUAAAUGUUUGUUCGAAGGGGGUAGCAAUGAAAUUGAAGGCAUGCACACACCGGAGUUUUUAGCAACAAUUAAAUGUUCCGGGGUUCCAAAUCAUGAAUUGAAGCUAAAGGUUGGUUGCCCUGUCAUGCUUAUUAGAAAUAUUGAUCGCUCUUCAGGGCUUUGCAAUGGUACUAGAUUGAUAAUUACAAGACUUGGAGAUAAAGUUAUCGAGGCAAGAUUAUUAAAUUCUGACAACUGUGUCGAUAAGGUCUUUAUUCCUAGAAUGACACUAACACCAUCAAAUGCUAGGCUACCAUUUAGAUUUCAAAGGAGACAAUUCCCUCUCAUGCUAUCUUAUGCAAUGACCAUAAACAAAAGUCAAGGACAAUCAUUAGACCACAUCGGAUUGCUACUGAAAAAACCUGUUUUCACACAUGGCCAACUAUAUGUUGCCAUUUCAAGGGUCACUAACAAGAAAGGAUUGAAAAUUCUAAUUGCUCAUGAUGAAAACACUGGCAAAACAGAGAAUAUUGUUUACCCAGAAGUCUUUAGAAAUGUAUGA